AUGUUGGGGAAAUUGUGCAAUCUUCUUGUGAUUAGUGUGUUCUUCACGUGCUGCCUUGCAGUGGAUGUUACGGAUUUCAAGAGGAGUUUUUCCCUUGAUUGUGAUUCCCAAUACAACCCCCUGUGCUUCAAAAUGGAUAUUGCAGCUUUCAUUGAGCGCCUCUCAACGAGUCCUGAAUUAAUUUUAACACCGAGUGUUUCCAUUGUAAGGGAUGGUAAUGCAACAAAUACCAAAAAUUCAGAGAUCAUUGCAGAACUCUCAAGGAGUUUUCCCAACGAUCCCAGCAAAAGGAUGGAUGGAUUUCUCUUUUCAAAGUUAAGUGAUUACCUUCAAUCGCACACCUUGAGGUUCCGUUUGUGGGAUAAUAAAUCCAGCUUGGAGGAUGCUAAGGCUGCAUUCACGGGGCGCAAAGGGAAAAUUGGCGGGAAGAAAGGUGGUCUCGAGGGACUCCUAGCGGCAGCAAUGAUGAUGAAAGGUACAAUGAUGGCUCUCGCUUUGGGAGCUUUGGCAGCACUGGCGGGAAAAGCUCUCAUGACUGGCAUGAUGGCAUUGAUGUUGUCUGCGAUUGUGGGUCUCAAAGCGCUGGCAUCUGGUGGAGGCAAGCAGACUACAUAUGAAAUUGUGGCAAAACCGUACUACUCGCAUUCACAUUCAUCCAGCCAUGAAGAUCACGGACAUGGCGGUGGUGGUGGUGGUGGUGGCCAUGGAAGUCACACAGGCUACGGAGGAUAUGGACGAUCUCUCAAUUUUGUGCUUCCUGAACAUCUCAAGAAGCCAUAAAAGUUCCUUCAAAUGUACCAAAUAUCAUUUCUUCUUCUUCCAAAAAAAAAACAUUUUUCCUCUCUUUGUGAUCUAUCGGCGGCAAAAAAAUUCCCGCCUAAUCUUCUUAACAAAAUCCUCUUAAUUUAUUAUUUAUUUAUGUAUUUAUGCUGCAAUAAUGCUAAUUACUAUUUAUUUGCCUAGUGUACCUUCUUUAUUUGCAUCAUCAUGCUAAUUUAUCACAGCAAAAUGCAAGAAAAAAAAAGAGAGAUUCAAAAAGUAAAUUGUGUUAAAAACUUAGGGAAUACAAUUAUAAUUGCUAAAUAGUGCAUUUUUUGCGCAUGAAAGAGAGAAUUAUGUAUUGUAAAUUAGGAGUAACAAGAUAUUAUUUUGUGACCCGUAAAAAGAUACAAAAUACUCUUCAUACGUUUGUGUUAUAUUUUUUUACAAAAAGAGUUAUUAUUGUAGAAUAAUAAAGCAAUUAUGCACACUA